AGACUAUACAAUAUACAUAAUACUCUCACUCUUCUUCCUCCUUUCUUCUUUCUCUUACUCCUUUUCUCCAUUAUUAUGCUGCGCAUGCUACCCUUUUAAACCAAAUUACAUCAUUUCUUAAUUUUAAUUAAAUGUACUACACAAAAUUAAUUAUUUUUUUUUUGCUUGUAAAGAGAGAUUUGCUAGGAAUCUUCACUUAAUUAUUGAAGAUCUCACUAUUUAAACAAAAUUAUUAAGAUCUCCCAAAUCCCCUUAACCCUAACCACCAUAUCUUCAUCACCUUUUCCUAGUCCAUUGAACCAAUUUUUCUCAUUCUAUAAUAACUUUUUAUCCCCUUUUUUCCAUAAUUAUGUUUCCAUUUCAAAGUGGUGAGUUGUCUUUCCAAGUUUCCAAUAAUUUGGAGAAUAAUACAAAUACAAAUACUAAUCUUCUUCAUCAAUCUUAUAAUGAGCAUGCACAUAUUCCUCUUAUUUCAAAUUUCAAAAGCCCUAAAAUACGAAAACAACAAUCUAACAAGAUCUCACAUGAAAAUGCUGAUCGUAAUAAUAAAGGAAAUGGUGAAGAUGGUAUUUGUGGAAAUGAUGUUAUUUCUAAGAAGAUUAUUCAUAGAGAAGUUGAACGCCAAAGAAGACAAGAAAUGUCCUCUCUUCACUCUUCCCUCCGCUCCCUCCUUCCUAUGGAGUAUAUUAGGGGAAAACGAUCGAUAUGUGAUCAUGUAACAGAGGCAACAAGGUACAUUAAGGAUUUGGAGAAGAAUGUGAAGGAGUUAGGAGAAAAAAGGGACAAGCUUAAAAAGUCAUUUUCUACAUCAGAAAAUCAAGUUAUAACCAAUAAUUUUAGAGAUUAUAAUGUUGGGUGUUCAUCUUCUUCAAGUACAACUACAUCUAUCUCAAGAAGUAGUAGUUGUACUAUGAGUGAUUAUAAUGUGAGUGUUCAUAAAUUCACAAGAACACUUCAAAUAGAGAUUACAGCUGGAGUUGCAGAUGAAGAUCCUUAUCCUCUCUCAAAAACACUCAAUUUGUUAGCUCAAGAAGGUCUUGAUGUUGUUAGUUGUGUUUCUUCUAUGGUCAAUCAAAGGUGGAUAUAUGUGAUUUAUUGUGAGGUUGAUGAAACAAAAAUUGUGGAUUCAAUUCAAUUGCAAGAAAAAUUAAUGAGUGUUAUUACUUCAUGUGAUUCAUAGAACAUAGGGUUUGGCCCUUGUAAUGGCAGGACAAUCCUAAAAGAAGAAUCAAUCUACAAUAAUGGAAUGCAUGACAUAAAGAUACAACUAGAAUUUCUACACGUAAUGGAAUAUUAUUGUUAGAGUAAGCACCAAAUCGCCCUUAAGUGGAGGGUCUUCGAGGUGCCGUGAUGAGGGUGCAACGAAGAACAAGGGUUGGUGUUGCAAGGCAGAAGCACUUACAAGGUCAGAGAGCCCGGAUAAAGGCUGCUCGAUUGGUAGAGCGGGGCUACCUCGGUCAAGCGGUGCAGCUGAAGUUGAACAGAAUGGUCAGUAGCUUCUGGUUUGGCGCUCGACUAAUACUAACGCGUAUUCUAUUUUGUUGCGGGAUUUCCUUGGGCUUCAAGGGAUUGCUGCUAGGGCUUCGAAUAUGUGCUAGGCUAUAUAUGAGAGGCUUAGAACAUCACUACAAGUAAUGUGAGGGAUCCUAAUACACUAGAGAAAGUUAGGGUUAGAAACCAUAAGAGUUUUUCUCUUCAUUGUGUUAGUUUAUGGGUGAUAUUCAUUGUUGAAUGGAAUCACUAUCUUGAGAGCUUGUUCUCAAGUGUGUUUGAUUAGUCAUUAAUGUAUUGUUGAAUAGAUUAAUGAAAGUAAUCAUCUUUUGAGGGGGAGGUAUCAUGAGAUACCUCAUAAGCACAUUGAUGUUGCUUGUUUGAUUGUCUCUUGUUUAUUCUCUGUUUUUCACUCAUCUUCUACUCAUAGUUCUACCAUUGUUGGGUUCGAGUCAUUCUCUUUCAAUUGGUAUCAGAGCUUGGUGUGUUUCCUUGGGGUAUUGAGUGAGGAAAGGUUUGGAGAUAGGCAGAAGAAAGAUGGUAGAAGUUGAGAAGUGAUCAGAUGGUUUAUUGAAACUUUGGGAGAGAGAAAAACAGUAGGUAUUCAAGAGAUGAAGAGUUUGUUAAUGAAGUUCUCAAGAGAAAAGGAGAGCUUAUUAACAAUGCUGGUAGAGCGAAGGCUAAUGAUAGAGUACGUCUUUGUUAUUAUGAGUUGAAAAACUAGAGGGAGCUACUAGGUGUAGUAGCAUCGUUUAGGAAGUACCAUCCAUGGGGUCGGUAUGAAGGUUGAUGAUACUCUAUCUAUGGAAGAUAUAAAGGUCAUUGAGAGAAAUCCAUCAAAGGAGAGGAAAAUCGAAAUGAAGAAGACAAGGGUUGAGUAUGGUGAUAGAGUGUACUUCCAUCGCCACAAGAGAGGCCAUAUUCAAUACACUUGCAACAAGUUGAAGAAGGACCUUAGAAGCUUGAAGCUUUUGAGGGAGAUGAAGAAGCCAACAAUGGAGGUUGGUGAUCAAGAGAAGCACAAAGGGAAUAAGAGGGAAGUUCCAUUUGAGAAAUUGAGAGAGGCAACAACUUUGGUGAAAGCUCCCAAUUAUUGAUGAGGGUCUUGUGAAGAAGACCAAUAGUAAUGUUGAGGAUGGUCAUGUAUUGUUGGCCAAGUGUGAUGAUGAUGGUGAUUGGGUGUUUGACUCCGUACACCCAUAUCAUAUUUGUAGAGAUAAGGGGUUGUUUAUAAGGGUGAUAGCUUGUGAGCAUGACAAAGUAACCUUGCCUAGUGGUGAGGAAGUUGUGAUUGAGGCCAUUGGUGAGGUGCAUUUGAGAAUGCACAAUGACAUUAUGAGGAAGCUUAGGGGUGUGAGAUACAUUCCUAAGAUGAUAAGGAAUCUAAUCUCAUUGAGAAGAUUAGAGAAGAUUAGGUACACCAUGAAGACUCAAAGUGAUGGCGUCUUGAAGGUGGCAAAAGGGUGCUUGGUGCACUUGAAAGGUGUGAUGGGCAACAAUGGCCAUGUGUUGCUAAAGAGUGAAAACUUACACCAUAUUGAGAGAGGUGCAAGACUCAAGUCACCAAGGAGUGAUGAUGGUUGCCAUAAUGAUAGGUGGUGCACAAAGAAGGUUGAUGAUGGGUUUGGUCUUGAGUUGGAGCUAAGACCCAAAUCAUAUGUUGAUGUGUUGAUUGGGACACGAAGAGUGGUGUCACAUGUUGAUGGAGGGAGAUUUGGGAGUGGAUGGUCUUCGAGGUGCCGUGAUGAGGAUGCAGCGAAGAACAAGGGUUGGUGUUGCAAAGGUCUGGUCUAGCGGUGAUGAGCUCGGAUGAAGGCCGCUCGACUGGUCUAGCGGUUCAGCUGAAGUUGAAUAGAAAGGUCUGUAGCUUCUGGUUUGGCGCUCUACAGGUCGAGCGAGCAUCAGGCCGCAAAACUGGCGCGUAUUCUGUUUUGUUGCAGGAUUUCCUUAGGCUUCACGGGAUUGGUGCUAGGGCUUCUAAUAUGUGCUAAGUUAUAUUUAAGAGGCUUAGAACAUUACUACAAGUAAUGUGAGGGAUGCUAAUACACACUGUUGUUGCUUGUUUGAUUUUCUCUUGUUUAUUCUCUGUUUUUCACUCAUCUUGUACUUAUAGUUCUACCAUUGUUGGGUCCGAGUCAUUCUCUUUCAAUUAUGAAGAAGCAAGUUGUGAAUAAUUGA